GACAGGCAUGGCGGCACUGGCCGUGGCGGCUGCUGCCCUAUCUCUGCUCAGCGCCGCCGCUUCGUCGAAGGCCGCGUUCAACCUCUACCUCAAGCAGCACGAAUCCCGGCGGCUGUUCGGUCUGGACGUGGAGCUGUACUACGUGAAGGAGGGCCGCCGGAACGAGUACGCGCUGGGCUUCGUGGUGCCCGUGCCGGCCAACGUGUCCGAGCUCGAAUUCGUGUGGCAGGCACUCGGGCCGCUGCCGCUCGCCUACGCACUGGACGUGCAGGUGAACGAAGGCCGGGGCCACCGCGCCUUGGGCGCGCCGUCCCUGGACGUGUCCCCACGGGGCACGCUUCCGGCGGCGCCACGCAGCUUCCGGGUGCGGCUUCCCUGCACGGGCCUCGCGAGCGCCGAGGUGCCCGUGCGCAUCGUGCUCAACGUGUCCGCGGUGGCGCCGCCGGACGCGCAGCUCUUCCACCACGACGGCCGGCUGCUGCAAGCCGCCGGCUACGACCUGCCGCCGGCCUACUAUGGGACCCGGCCGGCGAACACUUCGGUGUCGCUGCCGCGGAACAAGAUUUGCGCCAAAGACGCGCAGUCUACGGACGAGGUGGCCGGCUUCGUCCACUCGCCGGUGGCCUCGUCCACUUCCUCGUCCUCUCGGUCGCUGGUCGUGGCGGCUGGCUGCUCGUGUGCCGUGCUGGCCGCUCUGGCUCUCGCUGCCGCCGUCGCCUGGCUUGUGCGCGUGCGAAAACCCCCGCCAAGCAGGGACGCCCCACUCGAGGAGCCCUCGUGGCAGACUUGGUCUUCACCCGACGGCCGGCCGCUCUCCUGCGGUCCACCCUGGAUGCUGGGUGCGCACCGGGACGACCUCGGCCCGCGCAGGGACCACUCGCCUCCUGCCGUGCGACCACCGUCGGGGUCUGUUGGGGAGCCAGACACAGUUCAUUCAGACUUCACCCAGAGGCUGGCGGAGAUCCAUGUGGACAGGAGAAAAGUAACGUUCCUGGAAAAGCUUCAUCAAGGCACUUUCGGCCAAAUCUUCCACGGCCUCUUGGUGGAAGACUGGGCUGAAGUGGGCGCCGAACAAAAUGUGCUCAUCAAGACCGUCACCGGCGAGGCGUCGGCGGCGCAGGCUGCACUGGCGGUGCGCGAGGGCCUAUCCCUGCUAUGCAUGAACCACGCCAACGUGCUGUCGGUGGUGGGAGCCGCAUGCGACGGCCAGCCGCUGCUCCUCUACCCGUACAUGAACGCCGGCAACCUCAAGCGAUUCCUCAAGCAGGCCGACCAGGUGCUGGUCACUCAAGACCUGGUAGACAUGGCCAUCCAGGUGGCUGAAGGGUUGCAGUACCUGCACAAACGGGCCUUCGUGCACCGAGACGUGGGGACCCGGAACUGCGUUGUGGACGACCGGCUGCACGUGAAGCUGACCGACAACGCCCUGUCGCGGGACCUGUUUCCGGACGACUACCACUGCCUGGGCGAUGGGGAGAACCGGCCCAUCAAGUGGCUCGCACUGGAGAGCCUCGAGCGGGGCCUCUUCUCGCCCUCCUCCGACAUCUGGAUGUUCGGCGUGGCGCUGUGGGAGCUCAUGACGCUGGCGCAGCAGCCGUACGCCGAGCUCGACCCGUUCGAGGUGGGCGAGCAGCUGGAGCAAGGGUACCGGCUCGCGCAGCCCGUCAACUGCCCCGACCCACUGUACCUGGUGAUGGACACUUGCUGGCGCGCGGACCCGGAGCAGAGGCCCUCGUCGGCAGUCCUGCUGCGCCUGCUGGCGGAUCUGUACGCGGCCCUGAACCGCUUCAUCUAGGCUGCUCCAGCCAUCCAGACAAUCAGACCGGCCCUCCAUCAUUGCACUGCGUCCUGUGGCGCGCGCCAACUACGGUUACAGGUCUCCACCUGUGGCGUUGCCGUAGAGCGCUGUCCCACUCCGGCCCACAGAAGUAUAACCGCUCCACGUGUUAAGCGAGCAUAUCGCCGCGGCUUCUGUCGAUCCAGGGACCAGGUCAUCCGCACGUACAGACCCCAUCAACUACUCCGAAUGGUCGGCGUACAAGCCGCCCUCACUCAAAAAACCGCUUUUGUGAGAAGCGUUUUGCAAACCUGGCUCCAGUCAAUGUCGGGCCCGUGUAGAUCGGGCCGGGAGCGAAGAAGACAGCUCGUUGUGUUACUUUUGCUGUGAAAACCGUGGAGUCGUACACCGAACGUAUACGUCCUGCGCUGUGCCUUGACCGCCCUCGAGCUUAAUUAAUCCCGCUUAGUGUUGCCGCGGGACUGGGCGGCAAGCCGUGGUGUAUUGGGGCGCCUGCACCACGUGGUGACUGUGUGGCCGAUUAUUGGAUGAACUUAUUCGAGGUGUGUAAAGGGUUUCUGAAACGGUCGCUAGAAAGCACUGGUGCCGCGGCGACAGUGGUCACGAGCUUGGAGAAUGGCACUCGCCCAUUGUGUUUUCAUGCAGCCACUGCUGAGGCGUCCGCGUGCGUGGCCGAGCUGCCUCUGAAGAUCGUUAAAAAGUGCUGCUUGCUUGAUGGGGCUUUCGGUUAAAGUGGUCACAUUUUCGGGCGUGGUAUCAGGCAAUAAAUGUUGAAAUUCGAUCUGCAUGCAAGGCUUGAUUGAAAAGGAACUUGUCGUCUUGCUGCGAAAAUGAAAGCGUGAAACGCGUGUUAUCUACGAAGGAAAAAAUUUUUCACUGUGUACUCAAGCUGCGUGUUGCUCUCGUACGCACGCCUUUCGCACGACCGUUUCAGGACGCCUUAGCGGAGAAUGCGCCUUCGCUGGAACGCCUAGAAUACCGGUAGCGGUGCUAGCUCGCUGUUGGUGUCAUGUAUAUGUCCGCGACUUUCGUACUGGUGAAAUUGACAAGAUGUCUCGCAGCAUGUUAAUAAGUGAAGAAGAACGGCAUAUUGGGCGAGUUGUUAGUUUAACAUAAUGUUAAAAAAAAACCGCUAAAAAUGGACAUCGGACAACGGAAAGGGACACACACGGAGCUGACUUAUAACUCCGUUUGUUGGGAAAAUCACGAUGGCUUUUUAAAGCCUUACAUCAAACGUGCGCGCGUGCUCGAUGUGGAUAAAAACACUUGUCAUUCCCAAAGCAUGACUCGUGGUCGCGGGUGAGAGUACCCUGACCACGAGGCAUGUAUUGGAGAUGACAAGUGUUUUUUUUUUUUUUUUUUUUCAAUAAACGCAGCUGUAAGUCAGCGCCGUGUGUUUCCCUUUUUGUUGUCCGAUGUCCGUUUUUAGCGCUGUCUUUUUUUUUACAUUUUAAUAAGUGAGUGCUAUGCGUCCGCAAAACUCGAGUAGCUCAGACUGUAGCACAGCGCAAAAAGAAAAGGGGGCGGGGGGAAGAGCUACGUAAGGUGCGCGAUACUAUGACCACAGAUCAGGGUUUGCUGACUGAGGCAACAGCAAAAGCGCGUUUGCUAAGUGGGCGUAGACUAAUCUCCGCAGAGCAGGGAACCGUUAGCGCGAGUGGCAUAAAUGACAGACUUCUGGUGCCGUGAGACGGAAGCUUGCCAAAUUUUCGCGGCAGCCGAGUCGACGAAUGACGCAACUGCACUGAGACAUGUAAGUCUCUCUUGCCUAAGAACUGAGAGAAGGACUGCAUGUGAAUCGCCAUCAAGUGACUCUAGCAUUUGGAGCGCCACAUGUCUCCCGAAGCUUCUGUGACGUUGUCGAGCCUUGCGUGUUACUGUGAUAACGAGGGAAGCGGUUUUUCUGCACAUUACAGAAAUUACGUUCUCUCUACGCGCGCCUCUUCUUCCUUUCGCGCUUCUUUCUGCGGGAAGAAAUUUGUGAUUACUAUGCAUUUGGUAAUGUCAGAUCAUUUAGCAAGCGAAAAUAAAAAAUAAUACCUGCUAAUGGAUUUCUCGGCAGAGCACCUGAGAAUAAGUAUCCUCGGCCAGGCCGCGAGGGAAGGGAUAAUUUGAGCAAGUACAGUGUGUCUUUAUUUAGUUUACUUUGGAUACCAAAGGACGAACGGGGACACCAUAGCUGGAAACUAGACUGAUCCCUGGUUGGGGUAUCGCCGAGGUCUCUCGUUGCUGGAGGGAUCGCGGACAGCCGGUCUCGUAUAUGAAUCCCCACGCCACGCUUCUGCCUCGGCAGCCCUAACCCGCAGACCGCCCGCCUUGGUUGCAGUUUCGAUCCCCCCGCGGCCCCUUGGGUGCCCUGAAGAUCCCGUGCCGCCCACUUUAGAUCCUGCGCCGCCCACUUUAAUAUAGUCAAACUUCGUUAUAACGAAACGGGGUAUAACAAAAUAAUGGAUAUAACGAAGCAAGGGAACUUCCCCUUGAAAUCCGAAUCGAGAUUUUUGCCGGUCGUGUAAUAAUGGAUAUCACGAAGUAAUGCAUAUAACGAAGGAAUUUUGGCUCUCCCUUCAUCUUCGUCAUAACGAGGUAUCAGGUAAUCUCAAGUGCUGUCCUGGUCCCCUCAUCCGACGGUAUUUUUUAUUUUCGUAGGAACAAAUGACACAGCAACGUAAAUUCCUUCUCGCAGAAAGAAGCGUGAAAGAAAGAAUAGGCACGCGCAAAGGUAGGGGGGAGGUCGGUAUUUCUGUGACUUGAGCCCCUCCCGAUAAAGACUUGGCCGUGAGCAGCAGCGUCGGUGGCCGUGACAUCUUGUAAGCUUCUGUUCAACCACAGCGUGUUGAAACCGCAAUUUUAGUUGCAAGGUCUUUCUUAGCAGAAUACGGGAGCGAGAGUUAUCGCAUUAAGAUUACGCAUGUGUCAAAACAUCCUUUAUGACAAGUAUACGUAACCCGGCCGUACGUACUCGCUCACUUUUGUUGAAAACUCGCGUCGCUCAUCCCUUUGGCUCCGCGCUACUUCUCGGCGUGACGGCAUUACAACGUGGAGUUUUCUUGCCGCAUCGCUGCGCAUAGUCGUCGCUCACGAACAGGUACUUCUUCGUUUACGUCGUUGUGAUUGUGGUCACUUCGAGUCCCUCAAAUGUAUUUUUCGAAGGGCCAGCGAAGCUUGCGCUUUUACAACUUUCGCGCUCAUUGCAGUUUCGGGAUUUGUCAAAAAGUUGAGGUGGGAUUCCUAGAACCCGGCAUUGCGGUUUCGCGAUGUCUUCAACAGACAGCAAGGCCGUACAGUUGAUGUUUAUUAUUAAGAUGUAAUAAUAAUAAAGGCGCUUUCUUACAUUUCUUCACUGGCUCGUUUUCACCGGAACCUCGUGUGGGAAAGUACAGCUUCCCACUGUGAGCCGCUAUCUUCUGAGGAAGGCCGUAUAUGCUCGUACCACCAGUUUGAUGAGACACCAAAAUAAAACAGUCAAUCUGAUUAUGCUCGUGAAAUAUUACUUCAAUACCAUACUAAUAUUUUCAAGGCUGAAGGAGGCUGAUUAGUAGCGGAGAAAGUUAUACGAAUGUAUUAAUUUUUGAAUUUGGCGUCCGAACCGCAGUCCGCGUACGUUAAUGUAACGACAUAGCUUUUACAGCAUAUUAGGGGUUUGGCAUGUUUUUACGCAGAAAAAGAAGUUUUAAUGCUCGCUAUGUCGAGUAUUUCGUUUCUUUGGGAUACAAUUCAAACAGAUUGUUCAUUGACAAAUAACGAUGGUCAGUUACAAGUCAAGAAUGCAGAAAAAUACUCCUCUAAAAAAGAAUGAGAGAGCGUGAUGCGUAGGCCAGUUAUUACUCCGCGCUUCAAGAAAUAAUUCCCUUACAAAUGUCACGGGCGCGAAGAGGAUCGAGGAGCCCUAUGGCGUGUUCAGAAACAUGAGCGCGCCGUGUGAACAGCCAAAAUCUUUAAUUUUAGAGACGAAGAAGAGGGCUCGCUGUACAACGUUUGAAAAUGGGAUAAUGAGAAGGAUUUCCCUGACAUCGUGCUCAUGUAUAAAAAGAGAAUAAACAUUUGAUGGUUCGAAA